AUGAUUUUAAUGCCAAAGGAAUCUGCAAAACUGAUAGAUUUUUGUUCUAAGAAUGUUUCCAUUGAAGAAGAAAGAAUCAAAAAUCUUGCCUACAUGGUAAAUAAUUUUUCAGUAUUGUUCAAAUUUUUUUUGACAAAUUUGUUGUAAUAUGUGUAAAAAAUUAAUUGUAAUUGUAAAAUUAUAUCAAAUGUUGUUUAAACUUUUUGGUUAUAUUUUUUUCAAUUCAUUAAAAAAAUGAGGAUUUAAAGGAUUUAAUAUCACAAGUAAUUCAAUCAAUAUUCUUUUUUUUACAGAUUUUUAAGGCCCUUAAUGAUCACAAAAUAAGCGUGAACAACUUUUCACAAUGUGAAUUUCAUCCUUCUUUUGAAGAUCCAAAAGCGGUCGAUUGGAUAUUUGUUUUGGACACAUUAAAUUAUUCCUUUUGGAGUAAAACAAAUUGUCCAAAAUGGACUGUUAAUGGUCAGACUGGUUAUUUUGCCUUGUGUGCUGCUAUUAAGAGAGCUAUUGAUGAGGGAAAACCUAUAGUCGAUCCCAAGUAUUAUUCUCAAAUAACGAGAUCCGAAGCUGAGGAUAUUUUUCGUGGCGAUACCGAAACUAAUAUUCCGUUGUUAGACGAAAGAGUUAAGUCCUUGAGAGAUACCGGGAAGGUUUUGUUAGAAAAGUAUCAAGGUACUUUCACCAAUUGUAUUAAAUCGUGUUCGCGUUCAGCCGAAAAGUUGCUCAAAUGUAUCGUGAAGGAUUUUGAGUCUUAUCGAGAUGAGGCAGACUACAGAAGUCACAGAGUUAGCUUUUACAAGAGGGCUCAAAUACUAAUAGGCGAUAUUUGGGCCUGCUUCAAAGGACAGGGAAUUGGUGAAUUUGAAGAUAUAGAUUGCAUCACGAUGUUCGCUGAUUACCGUAUUCCCCAAGUUUUGCUACACUUUGGUGCUAUUCGUUAUAGCAAUAUUCUUCUGAGCAGGUUGCAGUCCGAUGUAGAAUUAGAAAAUGGUAGCGAAGACGAGGUCGAAAUUCGUGGUUACUCUAUAGAGGCUAUCGAACGAGUCAAGGAUGAAGUGAGAGCUCUGAUCGAGCGUUGCCCUAAUCUAGCGUUAAAGAAAUCAGACAUUAACGCUAUAUUGAUCGAUCAUUUUCUAUGGGAUUAUCGGCGAGAACACGCCGACGAGUUAGAAAGCAUUCCGUUUCAUAAAACUAGAUGCAUAUAUUACUGA